AUGGGCGCCGACUGCUGUUCUAGCGACCCAAAGCAGGACGCCCCGUCCUGCAGUGGUCCAUCCACCACAACUCACGACCAUGGCACUGCUUCUCACGAUCACGGCCAUGAGCAUGCCCAUGCUGACAACAACGGCCACUACGGACAUGAUCAUGACCACGCCCGUGCUGACCACGGCCACGACCACGACCACGGCCAGGCUGCUACCCAGGAGCAUGCGCACUGUGUCGAUGAAGACGAUUGUGCUACCAAAGGCGAGGUCUGUGAUGACGAUGAGUGCUGCGACACCGACGACGCCUGCAGCUCCGAGACCUUGAUUUGCUGCGACACCGAUGUCGAGCACUGCGAUGAGAAGUGUAUCAUCGCUGUUGCUGCUAUCGAGUGCGAAAAGGCCUGCGAGAGCGAGGGAGAAAUUCCCGAUGCCCAUCUCGUCCACCGACACAACCACGAUGCUUCUGGCCGCCACCCUGCUACUGCUUGCAAUGAUCACCUGACCAAGGCUUUUGACCAGUACGCAGCUUACCUUGACUCUGCUCGCUGCGUUUGCCGCAAUGUUCUCGAGCGUGGAUGGGGCAAGACCUGCUGUAGCACCCAGCCCCAGAAGAAGCCCAUGCGCAAGCGAUCUGUUGCCACUGCUACCUCUUUCACCUCGCCCCGCGUCCAGCAGACUACUCACCACCACCAUGGAAUGAAGCGUCGUAAUAAGAAGCCGCCUUCCCGUCGUGCGUCCGACAAGGACUCUUGCUGUGGUGACGGGGAGGACAAGGACUCGCGCUGUGGCGCUGACUCGCACAACGAAAAGCCGACCCCCAAGACUCCCAAUGUCAACGCUAGCGAUCUCGAAAAGGCUGAUGGACUCGAGCACUUGGCCCUCCACGUCGAGGGUAUGACUUGCUCCGGAUGUGGAAACAAGAUGGACAAGGGUCUUCGAGGCCUACCCGGCGUCUCCAACGUUCGAGUUAACUUUGUCAUGGGCCAGGCCGAAUGCAGCAUCGAUUCGUCCAUCACGACUCCCGAUGAGGUCAUCAAAAAUGCCGAACGUGCUACAGGAUUCAAAUGCACUAAGCUUUCCAGCGAUGACCAAGCUCUUGACAUUCUUGCCUCAGGUUCAGUGGCUAAAGGCCUCCUGGACCUCGAUAUACCUGGUGUCACAGAUGCAUCUCUCAUCAACAAGAAAACUGUCCGAAUCAACUACGAUCCGACUAUUAUUGGGGCCCGAGACCUUCUUUCAAGACUCCCACCCGGUAUUGAAGGACUUGCACCCCCCCGAGAUGACCCUUCGGUGUCCAGCGGUCGCAAGAGGUUGUAUGAUCAGUUGAUCAAGACCCUUCUUGCCGCUGCUUUUACAAUUCCUGUUUUGGUCCUGGCCUGGGGUCAUGAUGUGGUGGAAGAGCCCACCAAAGCCAUUAUCUCUCUUGCACUGGCUACUGUCGUACAGACUAUCGCUAUACCUGACUUCUAUCGCCCUGCCCUCUCCUCUCUCAUCUAUAACGGUGUCGUUGAGAUGGACAUGCUCGUGGUCAUCAGUAUCACUGCCGCCUAUCUUUACUCUGUUGUUGCUUUCGGGUUCCGCAUAGCCGGCCAGCCCCUCGAGACUUCCGAGUUCUUUGAAACUAGCACACUGCUCAUUACUCUUGUCAUCCUCGGCCGCCUGGUCGCCGCCUUUGCCCGUGUCCGUGCUGUUCAGGCAGUCUCUCUUCGAUCGCUUCAGGCCAGCUCUGCUGUUAUCGUGGAGGAUGGUCAGGAUAAGGAAGUCGAUGCCAGACUUUUGCAGUAUGGAGACAAGUUCAUGGUCACCCCACACACGGCUGUUCCCACUGAUGGCGUUGUCAUCAGCGGAUCCAGCGACGUCGACGAAUCCAUGUUGACUGGCGAGGCUGUUCCGGUCUUCAAAAAAGAAGGAGAUGAACUUAUUGCCGGUACCGUCAAUGGAACCGGUACCAUUGUUGCUCGAUUGACCCGCCUCCCGGGUAAAAAUACUGUCACUGAUAUUGCCCAACUCGUCGAGGACGCUGCCAACUCCAAGCCCCCUCUGCAGGAUGCCGCCGAUCGCGUUGCUAGCUGGUUUGUCCCUAUCGUAACGACAGUUGCCGUCAUUGUUAUUAUUGCUUGGGUUGUGGUCGGUCUCAAGGUCCGCCACUACAAUGGUGGCCAGGCCAUUGCCAACGCAAUUACCUAUGCUGUCGCCACUCUUGCUGUUUCUUGCCCCUGCGCUCUUGGUCUGGCCGUCCCCAUGGUUUUGGUUGUUGCUGGUGGUGUCGCCGCCAAAAGCGGUGUCAUUAUCAAGUCAGCUGAGUGCACCGAACGCGCCCGUAAGGUCACUGACGUCGUAUUUGACAAGACUGGCACCAUCACCGAGAGCGAUCUUGAUGUUAUGGCGACGGAGUUCUUUGGCGGCGAUGAAGAGCUGGCGACUGCCAUUACCAAACCCCUCGUUGCUGGUAAUAACCACCCCGUCUCCCUCGGUGUCGCCAAAUACCUUGAGAGCCGUGCUACCAAGGCCGUCACUGCAACCGACGUCCAUGUUAUACCCGGGGCUGGUGUUGAAGCUGUCUUUGACGGUGACGUCAUCCGUGCCGGAAACCCCAAAUGGACUGGAACCGAUGACGAACGCUUCAUCAAUAACCUCAAGGAACAGGGUCUGACACUUCUUGUGAUUACCCGCAACUCCAAGCCCAUUGCCGCCUACGGUCUCCGAACUCGUCUCCGUGCCGAAUCCAACAAGGUUAUCGAACAGCUCACUCGUCGUGGUAUCAAUGUCCAUAUUGUCUCUGGUGACUUGCAGCAGGCGGUCGAGGCUGUUGCUAGCCAGGUCGGAAUCCCUAAUAUCGCAGCGCAGCGCACCCCGUCCGAGAAGCGUGAUUAUGUUGCGGCUCUCAUGGAAGAAGGAAAGAAUGUCAUGUUUGUCGGAGACGGCACCAAUGACGCCGUGGCUGUUACCCAAGCCAACGUCGGAGUCCAAAUUGCCAGCGCCGUCUCUGCCAGCGAAGUCACCCGUGGUGCCGCUGACGUCGUUCUCCUCAAAGGCCUCGAGGGCAUUCCCUUUGUCAUUGAAAUUAGCCGCGUCAGCUUCCGCCGCAUGAUGUUCAACUUCAUCUGGUCUGCCAUCUACAACGUUCUCGCCAUUUUGCUUGCCUCGGGCGCCAUGGUCAAGGUCCGCAUCCCGCCUGCCUACGCUGGUCUUGGCGAGAUUGUCAGCGUCCUGCCAGUCAUUUUCGCAGCCACGACCAUGCUUCUGACCAAGAUCAAGACCGACUAA